CCGGGAGAGUUCAGUCUUCCACGGUGUCUGUGGCUCUUCGUCGUGGUCCUGGUCGUCCUUGCGUCAUGGAGGCCUCGAAAGCUUUCUUCGGUUCAGGCCUCUUCUAUUGGGCUGGGGUGUUGACUGUCGCGUACUUCGUUUGGAGGAUCCUCUACCAUGUGGUGAAUGGCGUCCGCCUGUGGGUUAUGGGUGAUGCUCAAGCGGUGGGCCCGCAUCUGGGCGCCUGGGCGGUUAUCACGGGAGCUACUGAUGGAAUUGGAAAGGCUUAUACAGAAGAGUUAGCUAGACGAGGAAUGAAAGUGGUUCUUAUCAGCAGAUCUCAGGAGAAACUGGAUCAGGUUGCCAGUGAAAUAAGUGAGAAGUUCAAGGUAGAAACAAAAACUAUUGUUGCUGACUUUGAAGAUCAAGAAACUGUUUAUGAUAAGAUAAAAGAGGGAUUGGAAGGCCUUGAGAUUGGUAUCCUAGUAAACAACGUGGGUGCUUCAUAUUCAUAUCCUCAAUACUUUCUUGAGAUCACAGACCUAGAUAAAGUAAUAGACAGAUUGAUUAACAUUAAUGUCUUAUCAGUAUGCAAGAUGACACGAUUGGUGCUGCCCCGCAUGCUGGAAAGGUCUAAGGGAGUAAUAGUGAAUAUGUCCUCUUUUGCUGGGUAUAAUCCAUUUCCAUUUGUGACCCUUUACUCAGCCACCAAGGCUUUUGUGGAUUUCUUCUCUCGAGGUCUCAAUGCAGAGUACAAAAAACAUGGUGUCAUUGUGCAGAGUGUUCAACCGUAUCUUGUGAAGACAAAAAUGAGUAAGAUCCGCAAACAAUCCUUUUUUGUACCUACUCCUGAAAUAUUUGUAAAAUAUGCCCUCAAUACAGUUGGCCUUGAGACCCAGACUUCUGGAUACCCAACUCAUUCCCUUUUGGCCUGGAUCAGCAGGGCUUUGCCCAAGUGGUAUCGCACAAAGCUCAUGGUAGACCUGUGCUUGAAAGCAAGAGCCCAUAAUUUGAAGAAACUAAAGGAAAACUGAGCUGCAUCAUCUUGACAAGAUCCUCGGUAGCUUUGUAUCCACAGUCAAGUACCAAAUACUUUAUUGUAUCUUAAAUACUUUGAACAGUUUUUUGAGGACCAGAGAACAGCAUGAAGCAAGAGAAAGCUGAGUGAGGGUAAAGGCCUUGAUUAGUCUGUAUAUUUCUUCUUUUUUCGCCUUUGUUUUAAAAUGUGCUUUGUUAGACGUGACCCAAAAUAGAACUGUAUUGCUUGUUACACUAGUUUUGUGGUCAUACAGCAGAAUGUGUCAGUAAGAGAACUUGUUGAAAGUGGUACUUGGUCAUCCUACACUGUUUACAGUUGUCAGAACAGGACAUACAUUAUUUUCAUAAAUAACAAUGUAAUUAUCUUUACCAGAGAUGGCACUUUGGUAAUUAUCUCUGAAUUUGGAGUAGUACUGCUUCAUAUCACAUAGUGGCCAUAAGAUCUUUGCCUUGUCAGUGUUAGUACCGGUCCUGUGAUGGAUGCCUUCGGAUAUCCUACACCCACAUAGAUGUCUCUUUUGGGCAAUUUGGAGUUGGGGAAGAGGAGGAAGGAAGACAGUCAUCUCAAUCUACCUUUAUUGAAUUAGGAUUGUAAGGGAAGGGUGCCUUUAUGUCAGGUACCCUUCUGUGGUGAAAUGUGAACUGCAAACAUAAUACAGUGUUCUUCAGUGAUGCAGUCACAGCCCUCAGUCAUCUUCAGAGACCACGCAGGACUGUAAAUGUGAAUGUUUCAAUAUAUGUCAUUCAAGGAAAGGUCUUAAUGCAACAGCUAUGUAGAUCUAACACACUGGCAAAGCCACUCUUGUUAUUAAUACUGAUCAUUUUAGUAAAAUGAUUUCUUUGGGUUAUAACAAAUGGGUUGAAGAGGGAUGCUACAGGCUGCAGUAAUAACACAAUAUAUAUUACCACCCUGCUGCUUGGUCAUUGUUGUAUAAAAAUUGUUGAUACCUGAAAUGUGAUUAAAGUUAAAUAGUGGAAAUGAGAUGUUUUGACUCACGUUAGCUCUCUCUUAAUGGGCAUAAUGAAAUGAGUUCCAUUUGUCAGGAAACACAUUAAAUGUUUUGCCUGUCUUUAAAUGCAAAAUUAGGAAUAUAUUUGGUUUAUCUGUUCCAACCAGAUGUUUGAGAGCCAGGAAAAUGAAAAUGUUAUGGGGUUGGAUCUUUCCCUGCCUUCCCCCCCUGCUGCUGAAGGAGCAGGGACAUCUGCCAGCUACUUCCACAGGCUUUUCCAUGGAGAUCAAAACCCUAAUGCAUUUUUAGAUACUUGUUUGUAGAAAAUAACCUCUACAGCUUACUUGGUUGGCUGUGAAUUAACUCGAUGUUGAGCCAUAAAAAACAAACAACAACAAAACCACUGGGCUAUUUUAUCAAGUUGAGACUUAUCGUACAGUAUAUCAGUACACCUUGAGUAAAUAUAGAAAGCAGGUUGCCUACUCCCUGACUACAACACUAAGUUUUGGUCUCUUGAAAUCCAUUGCCUUUGUCAAGUUGUACAUGCACAGAAAAACCAUUUUUUCUUACAGUUUGAGCACAUUUAUUGUCACUACAAAGGCUAAAAACUUGAAUUCUUAUGCUGCCCUUGGAGGAAUAAUUGAAGGCUCCAAUUUGAGAGUUAAAGUAUGUUUAAAUGUUAUUGUACAUAGAAAAUAAAUGAAAACCGAUACAGUGGUGCUGAUCAGGUAUGCAAAAUGAAUUUUGUCCGGGAAUGUAUUUUCGUUUUUUUAGUAUUUGAAAGGGCAGAUUUGGGCUGUAUGAAGCUGUGUAUGCACAACAAUUUGGAAGUGGUGGGGAAGGGCAUUUGAAAUAACUGGCAAGCCUAUGCAACAGAGUGCUUUUUCUAACCUCUUAUUAUAAAACUGAAAUUUAAAAUAAACAGU